AUGCCUCAUAUUCUCGCCAAUUCAGCCCUACAUGAACCUGACGUACCAAAUCUCGAUCUUUGGGUCAAUGAUAGACAAGUACAUCAUAUGUACUCCCCACGUGUGUUUCUGAGAGGCAUUCCAGACCCCAGAACAAAGUAUAUUUCCAAAAUAAGUAUCUACAACGCAAACCGCACUAGGCUACUUACUUGUGAAACAGCAGGCAUUCGAAUUCAUGUCGUGAUGACACGAUUGAUAACCGUUAUUGUUCCUAAGCAAAUCACACGCAGUGAUUUAUGCACCUUGGAAGAACAUGCCCAGACACACUUACAGCUUUGCAAAGACCAAUGGGGCCUUACUCUAUUACGCCAGCUAACAAAGAAAAGAGACGGUCCAUUAGUUGACUGUAUAACGCUUAUCAAUUGCCUCUUAGAAUGA